AUGGUAAUUGGAAGUACUGCUAUUGUUUUGCAUAUUCAAGAUCUUGUCCGAAGAAAAACCAUUUAUUAUUUUUUUCAGGACCAGUAUGAUAACAUUUCCCUCCACACACAAAAAGGCAUAGACUUUCUUGAAAGGUAUGGGCACUUCAUCCGGGACCGAUGUGCAAUAGAAAUGGAAUAUGCUGGCAAACUGAGGAGAUUAGUUAAAAAUUACCUGCCUAAGAAAAAGGAGGAAGAUGAUUAUCAAUAUAGUCCAUGUCGAGCAUUCAAACAUGUAAUGACAGAAAUCAAUGAUUUGGCUGGUCAACAUGAAGUUAUAGCUGAAAAUCUUCAGUCCAAUGUUAUUAGGGAAGUUACUAUUCUUGUUAAAGAUAUUAAGGAGGAAAGAAAAAAGCACUUGCAGGAAGGAGCACGAAUGACUGCAAAUCUAGUUGCACAGAUAGGGAACUUGGAGAGAGCACGUAAAAAUUAUGAGAAAGCCUUUAAAGAAGCAGACCGAGCUUUAGAAAAUUAUCAAAAAGCUGAUGCAGAUUAUAACUUGUCACGAGCUGAAGUAGAGAAGCAGAGACUGAACAUGGCUGUUAAAUCACAACAGUGUGAAGACACCAAAAAUGAAUAUGCGAACCAGCUGCAAAAAACGAAUGACAUGCAGGCUUUGCAUUAUCGCUCACUCAUGCCUGAUGUCUUCAGACAGCUACAAGAAAUGGAUGAAAAGAGAAUAAAGAAUAUAAAGAACUUCAUGAUACAUUCUGUAGAUAUAGAACGAGAUGUCUUUCCUAUUAUCAGCAAGUGUUUUGAUGGAAUUGUGAGAGCAGCAGAAGAAAUUAACGAGAAGGAGGACACACAAAUGGUUAUAGACAGGUACAAAUCUGGAUUUCAACCUCCUGAAGACAUUCCCUUUGAAGACUUGAGUGCCAUUAAGUCUGGGGAAGUGCCACCUCCUGUGAAUCAUGUCCCUAUUGCCCAGAUGAGGCCAGCAGAAACUGUGAAGGGUACAAUGUCUGCUGGGAAGCUCAAGAAGAGAGUGGGCAUUUUUGGGAUCUUCAGUUCGAAUAAGAAUAAUUUGUCUUAUGGUGAUAACAAGGAGGACUUUAGUGAUCUACCUCCCAAUCAGAGGAAGAAGAAACUGCAGCAGAAAGUGGAAGAAAUAUCAGCAAAAAUUCAGCAGGAAACUGCCGCAAGGUAUCACAAAUUUCCAUUAAAAUUUGGCUCCGCAUUAGUGCUGAAAACAACAAGUGGUGCUACAUAAUGGCACAGACUUACUCGCUGUAUUAAUGGCUACAUGAUAAUAUUUUAAAAACUCUUUCAGAAGCCAGAAAUUCCAGAACAAGUUCUAAUUGGUUUCCUAUUAUUUACAGUCUGGAAUAGCUUUUGGUUUUCCCACACUCUUCCGUCUGCUGUCUAUCAGUGCCUAAAACACUCACCAUGGCCUCUCAUAUACUGCUUCUCUGGGGGCAUUCCCAGUUAUGAGUACCUUCGUGUUCAACAAACGGAUGGUUUGAUGAAAAUGAAAGGUGUUUAUGAACAGAACUCUGCUCUUGGGGAUCCCAUGUCCAUUGAGGGUCAACUCAAUGAAAGCAGCCACAAAUUGGACAAGUUAAAGCAGGAGUUACAGAAAUACCAAGCUUUCCUAGAUGAAGCUAUGGAAGGUAUCUCUAACAACCGUGCUGGACCAGGCACUCACCAACCCAACAUGUCUCCAUCCGUGCCUAGCCGGCGUAAAGGACCUGCGCCAGGUCAUCACGUCAAUGGUGGACACUUACAUCGGCAUCAUAGGAACAGUGGUGGUUCAGGGGGGGAGGAAGAGUCAUUGAGUCGAUCAGCAUCUGACUCAAGUGUAUCUAAUCCAACAGUAAAUCACAAACAGUCUGCGCCUGGCACCCCUCUUCCUUCUCAUGGCUCCUCAAACAGCCCUGAGUCUGGUCUGGGCACAUCGCACACAUCGCUGCCAGAUUCGGACCCAGAGCAGGAUGCACCGCCUGCAGGAGAGGACUACAUUGAUGGAGAGAGUUUACCUGCCCUUGGCGUAUGUAAGGCGCUCUACCCGUUUGAAGCCACUAGUGAAGGAUCCAUCCCCAUGUAUGACGGUGAAGAGUUGUUCAUCAUUGAGCUUGACCAAGGGGACGGUUGGACACGUGUUCGUCGGCAAGCAGAUGGUGAGGAGGGAUUUGUGCCCACAUCGUACAUUGAGUGUUCACUGUACAGUUAUAAUAACUGUUAAAAAUCCAGGAUGGUUGAAAUUGCAUUCAUUGGCCAUACCGCUUCUUCUGCUGUGAUGGCUCCUCUCGCCGAGCCAGCCUUCUCACCAGCUUGUUCGGGGAGUGGUCAACCUGUUGUCAGAUAGAAUCAAUUCUUUUGUUUUUAAUUUAUUUCUCUGAGCUUCGGGAAGAAGAGAGCUCUUGAAGCUCGUACUUGUCUUGAGGUGACAUGUAAGUAAGUUAAGACAGCUGGAAUGAGUGUCUGUCUUGUGGAAUGAUCCUCGCUGCACCAUUUCUUGAAUAAUGUAACACAGCUGUCAAUGUGUACAUUUGUGAAAGCUGUGACAAGAAUGGUUCACAGAUUGUUAUGAUUUAUAUGUUAAAUAUCAGAUAACAGGUUAGUAAUAAGAGCAUUUCUUAUGGAUAGAGACAAGGUUAAUGUUUCUAUGUGAAUUUUUUAGAAAAGUUGUAGUUUCUAAAGAGAAAUACUUGUACAGUGUAUUUAUGUAUGUUUUAAUAUUUUGUUUGAGUAAGAAAUUUGUUCAAAUGUGACAACCUGAAACUGGUGAUAGGCAGAAUUUGUAAGUCAGAUACUUGACCGUGGAGUUCUGUUUAUGUCCAAUACAGGAUGAACAGUUAGUUCAUGCAGAAAUAAUAAGAGAAAGAUUUUCUUAAACUACUGCAGCAUUAUGGUACACAAUCAUGUGUUGUUUGAAUGUGUUACAGCAGAAAAGUUUGCACGAUCAAGAAGACCCUUCCUAUGCUAGCGUAUAUUAGACAUAAUUGUUUACAAAUGUGAAGAAUUACUGCAGAACAGGGUUGUGAGAUACUGUAGUUUUUAGAAAAAAGUGUACCAUAAUCAUCAACUCUUUAGCAACUGCAAAACAUAGCUAAAUGAAGGGUACUAGACAAGAAGCUUUGUUAUUCACAUUGGACUCAGCUAUGCUUUUAUAUAUGAUGAGUGAAUUAAUUUUAUUGUCUAGUAAAUAGGGAUGGAGAAAUACCCCCUCUUCCCCCUUUUUUUUGAAGUGUUGCUUCAGUUAUUAGUUUAUUACUGAAAUAGUUGUAUACAAUAUUCAGAGGUCUUUCCAUAAAUUUGUUGUUGUAAGGGGAUUUCCACUUAAUUGUUUAUCAAAGUAUCGUUUACAUUGACGUUGUGCAAAUUAUUUACAGUCAUAAGUAAGGAAAAAAGUAUAACAUUUUAAUUGCAUGAUUUAUUUUUCUAAUUGCACAAUAUAAAUAAUAUUUUUUGGUCUUUGCUUUAGUUUAAAAGGAAAAUUCUUCUAAUGGUGUUGAGAAUUUCAUGUAUAACAGGUGCAAUAUUUGCAUUGGAAUUAAAGGAUUUUGAAUGCCUUUGCUUGCUUACUAUUUCAGGUAUAGAGAAGCAAAGCAAGGACCAGGAAAUAUAUGAUUUUGACUAUUUUCUUAUUCAGAAAAGUGCUUUAUUGUAGUUUGCUUCAGCUCUUAAUUUUGUAUGAAUGUGACAUGAACGGUUUCUAAAGAAAUGUUUAUAGAAGUCUUUAAAUAAGUGAUAGUGAAAAGUUACUUGUAUGUCAUUUUAUGUAUCGAAUAUUUUUUUACAAUUUAUGAACUAAAUAUAGUAGCUCUAUUUUUGUUACAAAUUGAUGGCUUAUUUUAAAACAUUUUUAUUUUCCUUUUGCUGAAAUGAUUUGAUACAAAAAAAAAAAUAGAAUACAUCAUAUUGUAUAUGUUUUAUUCUUAACUUGUACAGUUGAAAGUUAUUUCAUAUAAUACAAUUGUUUCCUGCAAUUUUCAGUAAAAGGUUUAGACGUUAAUGCUCGCAUCAUGUGAAAUUAUAUUUAUAUCUUUACAAUGUGAUAUUUGCGUAUCUUUUUAAUAGUUACUUCUCUUGUAUUUAUUACAAUAAUGAAAUAUUGAGUGAAUGGUGUAUGGGAGUUCCUUGGUUCUCUUUUUUUCUUUCCUGUGUAAUCACUUCCCUUUUGUAAGAAUAGUAUUGAUUAGCAGUACAAGUUCAUUUCUAAUAAGAGACUCAUUGAUUCAAAUAAGAAAAGUAGCUUGCUCUAUGCUGACACCUUUUUCUUUUUAAAUAAUAUUUUCUGAACAUGUUAAGUAAGUAAAUUCUACAAAGCAAUUGUGUUAAGUAGAGUGAUCAACCAUUUAUGCUUCAGGGAGUUACAUUUUGUGUUAUAAGAGUUUUGUUUUACACUCACACACACACACCUUUUUUUUUUCUUUCUUUCUUUUUUUCUUUUCUUUUUCCUCUCUCUCCUUCCUUGACAAAUGAUGAAAAUAUGUAUAUCAUAAGGAAUUGUGCAUAUUGUAAAUUUAUUCUAUUAUCUAUUUAUGUCAAUGUAACAAGUUAAUUUUUUACACUCCUUUUUGUUGUGUGCUCACAUUUUUGUUUUCUCCAUCUCUAAAGCAUAACAGAAAUAGAUAUUUUAUAAAAAGAUUUUCAUUUUAUGAAAAGUUAAGUAGCUCUAGUCCAGUUUAGUAUUGAACUGCUUCUUGUCCACUGAAAGGAAUUAUAUCAUCAAUUAAUUAUAGUCAUUGUUUCAUGAUGGCAAUCAUUGAAAACUUGUACAUAACCGACAACACAGAUUGCAAACCAUGGGCUAUACUGCUUUGAUCAGACUUCAUAGUAGCAGGUGCAGACAGUUAUUUGUGAGAAGAUACCACAGGAAUUACCUGUAAAUAUAAGAUUUUUUUUUUUUUUUUUUUUCCAUUUGUAUUAUGUUUGUAUUCAGUGUAAAUAAUUAUUGUGUGGUGUUCUUUUUAUAUCACUAGUUUAUUUUAAUUUCCUUGUCCUAAAAAUAGCAAGUUUGUAUAAUUAAAUGUUUUGCUAUGGACUGCUUUUCUAAUAAUAUGAACUAAUGCAUUGAUGCUGAUAGAGACGUGAAUGUGAAAAAUUUGUGCCUUGCCAGAAGAAUGGCUUGGCAGCUUAUUAUGUGGAGCUAUUGUUUUGGCAAUCAACUCUCAUCUUUGUACAAUUUUUAUGCAGUGUAUGGAAGAAUGUUCCUAAACAGACAGUGUGACAUUGGUGGCAAAUUUCAGUUCUCAGUUUUACUCGUUAAAAUAUUCUUUCUUUCAAUAUGCUGAUGAUAAUUUUGUCAACAGAAGUAAGAAACCCAAACAUGUAAUUUCAUGACAAGUAGUAAUUAAUUCUUAACAUUACAUGUUUUUCAACUUACAAAUUUGAUGACAUUAGUAUGAAAUAUUGCCAUUCUUUACCAUAUGAAGGGUGUUUUCUUUUUUUUUUUCCUAUUAUCUUAGCUGUUCACAACUUCCCUGCUACUUUGUUAUCUGCUGCAAUAUAGUCGUAUAGUUGUCAGCCUUAUAAAGAACACCACAGAUUCUUAUAAAGAAAUGUGAAGAAAUAGCUUUUUGCUGUGUUAUGGUGACUUUUUUAUUAUUAGCUAUCAAUGAAUAUUGUAAAAUUGUUCAGACUUAUUCGAUCCUGUAAGUGUAAAAUAAUUGAAAGUAUAACUAACAUUAAGGUGUACAUGUUUCUUCUUGAGUUAUUUUGUAUAUAUGUGGAGGAAGUUUUUCUUUUGUAGCCGUUUUAUUGGACGAUGAUGAUUUUGAUUCCUGGAGGAGAGUUCAUGCUUGAACUUAGUUACAUUUCUUGUUAAUGUCAUCAUUUUGUCUACUCUUUAUAAAGAUAUGAUUCACUUGUACUGAUACUUUUCUCUCACCAUAUGCUUUGAGAAGUUUUCCAUGUAUUGUAUCUUAAUAAAAAGUAAUUGACAUUAACUGAAGACUUGUGUAAAAUGAGCGUGUGGCAUAGAAGCUUGUACAGAACAUAUAUUCUGCAACGUUUCAUUCACAUUGAACUGCAUGUUUAAUGAAUUCAUGAACUUUAUUUUCAGAUGUUCUAUUUUAAAUAGUUUUAUAUAUAUAUACGUGUAACAUCUCAAAUUUAUGUGUGAAAGCAUGUUUUUGUAUGACAUUCAGACUUAAUGGAGUAUGAUCGUAAAUAGAAUUAGAUGUUGAAAUUGCGUGGACUGCUUGGAUGUGACAGCAACUCCUUGUACCAUUCUCAUUUUCAAUUCAUUUGAAAUGAAAUGAAUUGAAUAUCUUUCGCCUUGAACUUGGAAAUUAAGUAGAGAAAACACAAAUAAUUCUAGUUUUUCCUCUGUAGUGCAACAAGCGGAAUGUAGACUACAAUUAGCUUUUUGGGCUGAUUGGUGUAGUAUUUCAAAAUUAACUAUCCUUUUGAUGGGGUGAGAUGGUUGCUCAAUAAAUAUUAUUUAAUAGUUUAGAUAUUGGAUAAUUUAGUUGUCACUGUUCAGGUUUGUUCACGUUUGCAUUAUGUGGGCAGGAAAGUGUGUUAACAAACGUCUUGCAUAUGAAACAUUUUGGUCUUGAAUUUACUGUGUAAAAUUGGCAUAAAGGUUGUGUAAUUCCAAAUUAUUUGUAUAUUAUUACUUAAUUCUUGAGUACAUGUUUUCAAUUUAUUGUAGUAACUUAAAAAAUUGUAGUUACGUAUAUGAUCAUUCCGUAUACUUGUGUAUUCCAAUAAUGAUGCAUAAAUAAUCCUGUCAAAGCCAUCUGAAUGAAAGUGCCAAUUUGGGAUAAAGUGUAAGACUAAAUGACAAUUAAAGUUAGUGUUUAUUGGA